AUGCCCCCAACCGCGUAUACGAGACCUUAUCGUCAAGAGUAUUCAGAGCCAGCGGCUCAAGCGAAUGGGCGCCGAUUACAGUUCAAGAAUUCUUUACCUCCUCGACCGUAUCAGAACUCGCGGACAAGUAUCAAGCAACAGGGAAAUAUGCAACAGCAGCAAUCGUUGCAAUAUCAGCAGCGUCAGCAAUAUCAGCAGCGUCAGCAAUAUCAACAACCUCAACAAUAUCAACAACCUCAACAAUACCAACGACCUCAACAAUACCAACAACCUCAACAAUACCAACAACCUCAGCAAUAUCAACAACCUCAGCAAUAUCAACAACCUCAGCAAGCUUACAACCAGAUACCUCCUCAAGCACCCCCACGCCGUCGACCACGAUCACAAACCUUACCAGAGCCCUUUUAUCAGUUCAUUGAAUCCGAUAUAACCGCAGAGCCACCCUUCGCUUUUAGAGGGGAACGUCAACCUUUCCCCGGGAACAGACCCCUUCCUAUCCCACCAUCUGGAUUUGUUCCACAAACCUUUGUGAUGCCUCCCGUAAAUUCUGAUCCCGCCGUUCCUUCCGGCCGGCUCUCUCAACGGUUUCAACCACAAUUAUCACCAAUAGUCGAGACCGAUACGCCCAGAUACCAACGACGUCGGCAGCCGUAUCCACAUCAGAUGAGACAUUCGGCAUCACUUCCGAAUAUACGUUAUGUAGAGAAUAUGGAUGCGCCCCCGGUGCCGUCACUUCCUGUACAGUAUGCGGCCCAGUUGACUGCACCAAACGGUUACCUGAAUCCGUAUGAGACGGCAGCGCCUUAUGAGGAACCGUCACCAACAUCAUCCAUGUUCGGACAUGCCGAGUCGUCUAUUGCAUCAUCACCACGAAGGGCACGGCCGAAAUCUUGGUCUUCACGGGGAAGUGGG